AUGGUCAAGAAGAUUUGGGUUUCGUUUCUCAGCCUGGCAUCCGUGACUGUCUGCCAGUCGAGCACGGACCCCUGGUCUGAUACCAACUGGCACAAGUAUGUGCGAUCUCCAGGUUCCUCGGAUGUUAAACCGGUUCGUAUUCUUGCAGAGAAAACAACGGGAAAUGUCACCAAUCCUGAAGGCUUGCUUGACAGCAGCCAGACUACCAUCUUCACACGAAGUCAAGCUGAAGAAGAGGCUCCUUCGGUCAUAAUCGACUUUGGGUUGAAUGUCGUCGGCUUGCUGAGAAUCCAUGUCGAAGGCUCAAGUAGCUCCUCAGAGAGCCUUCCAGGUCUGCGUUUGGCGUUUUCCGAAACCGAGGAUGCUCUAAGCGACAAUAAGAGUGACUACACUCGCUCUUAUCGUGGUGUCUAUGAAACGCUAAUUGCAGUGAACUUGCAGGUUGCCGUCAAGAAUGAGAAAUACACCUGGACCAACACGUUAGGAUGCGGACAUGGCCGUCAAGUCUGUGCAGAUGGCCUCCACGGCUUUCGAUACGUAAGAAUAUGGCUGGAUGCUCUCGAGUCCGACUCCCCAUACACAUCAUCAACUGGGUCAGUCUCUAUCUCAUUGAUUGAUCUCGAGUGGUCUGGAUACCUUGGACCUCCGGAAAGCUUCGCCGGAUGGUUUGAAUGCUCCGACCCAGACAUUAGCCAGUGGUGGUUUGAUGGAGUAUACACUGUUGAGACAAAUAUCGACUUGUUUCUCAAAAAUGAGACUGAGCCCAGAGACGCAUUCAGCCCAACCCUGGACGGCAAGUGGGUUUUGCUUGAUGGUGCAAAACGCGAUCGGGACCCAUAUGUUGGUGACCUCGCAAUCGCCGCCCUGACUCUGUAUCUUUCGCACGAUUUCCCCGAGGCGAGUUUCAAUGUUCUUGAAGAUCUCGCCCUUCAUCAACGAGAUGACGGGUGGAUCCCUCCAGCCAGCAUCGUUGACCUCGUCAUGUAUACUGGAAAUACCAGUUACGCCAAACACUAUUGGGGCGUAUUGAAGAAAACUCUCGAUGAUUUCUAUCCCGGGCACACGAAUAACGAUCUAGGACUUCUAGAUAAGCCUGCCUCGAUAGGUUAUGGCGAUUAUGCCUUCCUGCCAAGAUCCGGCCCAAUCACCUACUACAACGCGCUGUACAUUCAUGCGCUCAAUCACGCGGCUCAGCUGGCGGCCGAGCUCGGACACAAUGACGAUGCCAACAGAUGGGCUGACCGAGCCAAGCCGAUGGGUGGUAAUCUGAUCGCCCGGAACUUCGAUGCAUCUACCGGUGCAUUCUUCGACGGAGGGCCAUGCCCAAAUGAGCCAGCUGGAACCAUAUGCAAUGUACAUGCGCAAGAUGGCAACUCCAUUGCCGUUCUGGCUGGUGUGACGAACGAUACUCUAUCCACCACGAUACUCGACUACUGGGCCAACGCCACUGCACUGCCAUAUGGAAACGCAUUUUAUGACAGCAGUGUCCUCAGCACUGGUGACCGAUUCGACGAGAGAGUCUAUGCCCUAACCUCUUACUUUGAGCUUGCAGCCCGGUUCUCAACCCCGGGAAGCGAAAAUUCUGCGUACGAUGAGCUUCGUCGGCUCUACGGGUGGAUGGCCACACACGACCCUGGCGUCACGCAGUGGGAAGGCAUAGGCCCGGGAGGCGUCUCGUACCAAGGCCCAUUCAUGUCAUAUUCACAUGGAUGGUCAACGGGUAUAGUGCCGCUGAUGAGCAACUACGUCCUCGGAGUUAAGCCAACAGCUUCAGGAUUUAGUACGUGGAGCAUUUGCCCAGUUGUGAAGGGUGAGCUGAGCUGGGCGAAAGGUGUGGUACCAACAGGAAAUGGUGGGAGCAUCAAGGUUUCGUGGGAAAAGUUUGGCACGGAAACCAUAGAUUCUCUGGCCUUGGAAAUUGGUGUUCCUGACGGUACUAGAGGUAGCAUAUGCGUGCCGGAUAUCGGAAGGGAUAUCACCAGCGUCGUGCUCAAUGGCGAGGCCCUACCACUCGAUGAGGUGAUCAAAGUGGAUGGGGGAAGGUAUAGCAUAACUUUCCAGUAA